AUGAAAACUGCAAAUGAAGAUAUAUUUCAUCUGUCAAAAAACAUGAACGAAGUUCAGGAAGAAAACCAGCGACUAUAUGACGAAAUCCUUUACCUCCAGACUAGAUCUAUGCGGUUUAAUUCGUUGUUCUCGGGCAUCCCUGAUCAAGGUCAAGAUGAAAACACAGAAGAUGUUUUAAAAUCCUUCAUUAAAAAAGAACUAGAAAUCGAAGACGACUUGCCAAUUCAGGUAACUCACAGAUUAGGACCAUAUAGACCGUCAAACCAAAGACCACGAACUAUUGUGGCACACUUUCGGCAGCUAAAAGAGAAGGACAAAAUUAAACAAGCAGCCAAGAAACCUGCAGGGAAGCCUUUUGGAAUAAAUUACCAAUUCCCAAGAGAAAUAGCAGAAAGAAGGAAUGAACUAUAUCCGAUAUUUAGAGAAGCAAAAAAGAAAAACCAAAAAGCAUUUCUGAAAGUGGAUAGACUCUUCAUUAAUGGAAAGGAAUAUCUGCCAGAAAGUCGACUCUACAACCCUCACCAGUACCAGACCCCAAUGAGACACCAAGCACUAGAAACAGAUAUCAGUGGAAGAGCCCCAUCCAAAAAGAGACCCAACCCCAGCCCUGGUUUUGAGGACACAAACCGAUUUGAUGCUUUAGCCAGUCUCCCUCCCAACUAG